AAAUAAUCUUCACGGGUUAUUUUGUUCCUGUGCAAGUCGUCACGGUAACUUACGGUAAAUAAUGGCUUCAUCCGAUACCGGGGGCGUCAAGCCAAUGUCCAUCACGGGCCGUAUGGUCCGUGAACGGGAGCGGCUGCUUGGAAUGAGCCCCGAAGAACGUGCGUGGAGAGCGCAAUGGCUUAAGGAUCAACAUCUCUCUCCGAACGAACCAAAAUAUGUGCCGGAAUAUUGGAAGGAAAGAUACAACCCAAUUCGCCGUUUAUACCGCGCCCCGCUUAACAUGGUUCAAAAUGUUCUUACUCCAGUUAUUGGACUUGAAUGGGCGCAUGCUAUUCGUUUCUGGACAGGCAAAGUAGCGUUGGGAGCCUUUGCUGUCCUUGCGACUGCUUACUACUUCAAAUACAACCAGAAUGAUUGGACUCGCAAGGGUGGCUGGCGGGUUAUUCACUCACGUGAGGCAGUUGUCCCAGGUGAUCCAGGAUAUCCUAACUUCCCGAAACGCAAUUCGCCCUCUGACUAUGCUGCCAGAGGCUUCAAGGAGUCAGCUAUCUAAAUGCUUUCGGUUGCAUCGGCUGAAUGUUAACAAAUCGAGAGUUGAUUCGUAUGUAGAUAAUAAAUAACG